GCCUUGCACAGAAGAUGUUGGACGAUGCGGCCAAAGGCUUCGCCGCAUGCAAGGAGCCGUGGAAUGCCACGCAGGUGGGGGAAGUCCGGGAGCAGCACCAGAACUGCCGGAAGGAAGAGAGCAGCCUCGUCGUUGAUGCGAACGACACCUGCGACGACGCUCAAGUCCUUGCGGAAGUCAAAGUACAGAAGUGCGAGAAAAUGAAAGGUGUCGAUGCAUACCCGCCGGAGGCCCCUGCAGUUUGUGACAAGGACUCGAGCGACGUGUCCUACGAGGUGCAUGCUAGGCGCAUCCGGAACUUCUACAUGCAGAAAGUUCAUGAGUGGGUCAUGGCAGAGGAGGCAUGCACAAAUGCUAUGCAGAAGGCAACUGCAAGAAGCAAGACCUGCAAAGUUCGCAACGAAGGCUGGAAAGACAAGCGCCAAUCUUGCAAUGCCAUCCAGAGGAUGCUGGACAUGGAGGCCUGCGAUGCCUGGACCGAGUACUACCACUGCUCGCAGAACAACUCUUGUCUCCUGGAGGCGACCAAUGCUUAUGUGGAUGCCAAUGGCACUGCGACUGCCAUGCAGCGAUCCAUUGUGUUGCAGUGGAGGGCCAUGAAACGCAUCGAAUGCCUGCUGGAUGCCCUGGCGAACAAUAGAGAAGCGGAUGAUCUCAGCAAUGCCAUCACCGAGUGCAGGAACAAAGUGCACAGCACGACUUCUUGGGCCUUGACUUAUCCGUACUACAAGGACUGGAAGCCUCAGAUGCCCUCCCGGGUCUGUGAAGAGCCUAGCUUUGGGCGGCCUGGAACCGGAUCCUACAAGCGUGAUGAGUAUGAGACCUUGCCCACGAAAGCGCCCGCCGAUGCGUGCUCUGCGGACUGCUGCACCAGGUGUUGGUACUUUUCCUGCAACAGCACCACCGUUUUGAAGCGCAAUGCCAAGCAGCUCACAGGCUUCUCGCAGAAGGCGGGCUGCCGAAUGCUGCGUCGCGCCGACCAAUCCUGGCUGGAAGUACGCUGCUGGGCAGCUGUUCAGCCUCACUUCACAAUGGACUUAAUGUUGGAUUUGGCGGCAGAGUACGAGACGCGGAAGGUCGAGUGCUGGGAUUUCGACAGCGGAGUGAAGCUGGACAGUGCGCUGUCAAGUCUGCGUCACUGCAAUCACCACUACCCACGUGAGAUUGCCGUCUUGACCUUUGUCGCUUGUGCUGCCACGCCGGUCUGCCCGGAGUGGAUCUACAGCCCGUGGGACAACAAGACAUGGGACUGCUCCGAGCGUGAUUGUGGUCAAGGCCAGUUGACCCAAGAGCGGCCCGUGAACUGCACCAACCCCAAGACGUUGGAAGUUGUCGCAGACGAUCUCUGCAAAGGCCCGAAGCCGGAGACGAUUCGCAUUCUGUGCCCGGCGACCCCGCUCUGUGUCACGACAAGCACAACGAGCACGAGCACAAGCACCACAACUUCCACAACUGUCACUUCAACGACCACCAGCACAGUCACAACCACGACCAGCACCAGCACCACCACCUUGGUCACCUGCGAUGUCGUCAGGUGCCCGAAAGGAAGUGUGCCCAAGCCGCUGGUCAACCGAACCGCUGAGUGUGACGGAGGAGUUUGCAAGGCCCAAGAUUGCUGUGACUUGGCGUCGUGGGUGUACAAGAGCUGGGACGAGACAAAGGAGUGUGGCCACAGCUGUGGCCUGAAAUCAAUCCUGGAGUCCCGGUCGGUGACCUGCCAGGUCAAAGCCACCGGACAGGAAGUGAGUCGGGCCACCUGCCGGUAUGGAGAUCCUGAGCCUGCAUCCAAACGCGUGCUCUGUGAAGCCACGGCAGACUGCGACGGUUGCGGCAGCAUCUGGUGUGGCGCAGAUUCGGUGCCCUUGGCUGACCCUCCAAAUUGUGGGAGCUCUUGCACACGAGAACUUUGCUGCAAGAAGUUCGCUGCAGGCUUUCAGGCUACCGAUGUGCAAGAGAAUGCGUCGGCUGUGCAGAACUCCGUGCAGGUGGCAAACCAAGGAUCCUCAGGUGGAUCGGUGAAGUUCGACGGAGAGGCAGCGACCCCGGCCGAGGGCGGCAAAGCGUAUUACCUGGGUGGCAAAACCGGCCUGCCGCUUGGUGGAACCAAGUCCACAGAAUUUACGGCUGUGAUGUACGUCAAACUCCUCGGGAGCGACAACUCAGAAGAAGAAACCGUGAUGCUAAAGGAAGGUGGGCCAGACGACUUCGGCGCAUGGGAGCUCACGGCCACGCCGCUGAAGCAGCUCCGGGUCCGAUCCUUUAAGGAUUCCAAAUCUCAAGCUGCUAUCGGAUGCCUGUGCCUGUCUUCCUAUGCGGAUGAAUGGGCAGCAGUCGCAGUGCGCUAUGAUGGCAAAGGCGAGAAGAUCGAGCUGGUGGUGAAUGGCAAAGUCUGCUGCGAGGCUACCGCCGUUUCAGAUCCCUCAUGGUCGGAUGCGGCUCUACGCAACAGCAGUGCUCCCGUGCAUUUGGGACUCGUUCCCGGUCACCGGCGGCCUGGCGUGGUCGGAGAGGUCUCCGCAGUCCAGAUCUGGGACGGCGCACUGACUGAUGCAGACAUCGAUCACAUCGUGGCUCAGUUCUCCGAGGCUUCAGCAUGGACAGAGCCUCAGGGCCUGUGGUGCAAGCACGACAUCCUCUCCAACCGGACAGGCGUGGCGAGCUUAGCUGCCUGCCGGGCCCUUUGCACCGAAGACCAGCGCUGCAAGUCGGUUCA